AUGUCCACGUCAGGAAUGUCGAAGUCUACAUUUCAUACCUGCAACGGUACCGACAUGAAAGAUGCCGUUAUAUCGAACUACCUGGAAGAUCUCGGGCCGCUAAAGAGUGCACUUGACAAUUGCGCCCUUGCAACUGCCAGCCAAGUCGCUCUUGAAAGCCAUUAUGGACCUCCAGAUCUCAAAGACCAGGUGAUAGCCACAAUUGCUUGGCAGGCGACCCAGAUGCAACGAGUUAGCCAAUUGCUGGAACAUCUAGCCCAGCAGAGACUAGUCACGGACUUGGUCGACGUGGAAAUUGCCAAGCAGGCACUAGCAGACCACGGAGAAGACAUUGUGGAGCCCUUGGUGGAGAUAUUUAGAGAGGGCGAUAAACUGAGUUGUUUGAUGAACACCCCGACUGAAGACUAUAUCGGGGUGCACUUCGAUACGGCAAAGAGCAGACUAGUUGAAGUCUUGGCCUAUAACCGGCUGAUGUCCCCCGUACAAUUUUGA